CUUGGAGAGUGAAGAGGCUUUAGAGCUGUUUGGUGCCACUGUGAGGUUUUGCUCUGCUCUGCUCUAUUCUGGUCUCUGUGUCUGAGUUUGUUCAGGAAAGGUUUCUCUAGCAUCAUGGGCUUGAAAAAGAAGAACAGUAAAACGUAUCCGGUCCUGAGCCACGAGUUUGUCAUCAACAACCACGCAGAUAUCGUGUCUUGUGUAGCUAUGCUCUUUCUCCUGGGACUCAUGUUCGAGAUCCCAUCAAAGAUUGCGGUUCUGUUCAUCACGGUACAGUACAACGUCACAGUAACAGCAAACGAAGGUGCUGAGGAGACGCCGGUGAAUUAUUUCCACCAUGGCCUGAAGGAUGUGGCCACUGUCUUCUUCUACAUGCUGGUGGCCAUCAUCAUGCAUGCCAUAGUCCAGGAGUACAUCCUGGAUAAAAUCAUCCGGAAGAUGCACUUCUCCAAAACCAAACACAACAAGUUCAAUGAGUCGGGCCAGCUCAGCACUUUCUAUCUCUUCUCGUGCUUGUGGGGAGCCAGCAUUCUGAUUUCUGAAAACAUCCUGUCGAACCCUGUCACCCUGUGGGAAGGCUACCCGCACACGCUGAUGCCGUUCCAGAUGAAGUUUUACUACAUCUGUCAGCUGGGUUACUGGUUCCAUGCUCUUCCUGAACUCUACUUCCAGAAGAUCAAGAAAGAGGACAUUCCCCGUCAGCUGGUUUACAUCAGUCUGUAUUUGGUCCACAUCGCAGGCGCUUACAUCCUCAAUUUGAACCGCCUGGGCGUGGUGCUCCUCGUGCUUCAUUAUUUCGUCGAGUUGCUCUUCCACGUGUCUCGUAUCAUUUACUUCAGUAACGAAGAGAGACAAGCGGGGUUUUCAGUGUGGGCUGUCCUGUUCGUCCUGGCCCGCUUGUUGACUCUGUCUCUAUCCGUCCUCACUGUGGGCUUCGGUUUGGCUGGAUCUGAACACCAAGGACUCAACCUUGCAGACGGAAACUACAACGUGCUGUUUGUCAGAGUGACUGUCCUGGCUGCCAUCUGCAUCACUCAGGCCUUUAUGAUGUGGAAAUUCAUCAACUUCCAGCUGCGGCGGUGGAGAGAACACGCUCAGACUCAUACCAUAAAGAAGAAAUCUUCCUCCUCAAAGGGCAAGUCCAAGAAAGCUAACGGAGUAAACGGAUCACUGAGUGCCAACGGAGCGGAUUCUCCCAGAGCCAGGAAGGACAAAUCAUCCUAAACAGAUCCCGCUGUUCAUUCCUCCAUUUUCUCUCUCUCUCUCUCUCUCUCUCACUCUCUCUCUCGAUCAUUCCAAGCUCUGUGCUUCAGUCCUGCCUUUUUUUUUUUCUUUUCUUUUUUUUUUUUUUUGUCUUUUUUUUUUUUCCAAUUUUAAUACACUGCACAUAAUUAGCAUUUCCCAGCUCUCAUGCACCUGAUUACACUGACUAGUAAGCAUGUGCCAAUAUCGUCAUAUCAUGAUACAUGAACAUUUCCUGUGAGAGGACUUGCCUUCUCUGCAAUAGAGCUUCAAAACAAAGGACCUAUGAAGAAUUUUUUUGUAUAUUUUCUCAGUAAUGCUGCCUUUUUUUCCACAAUUGUAAUAUAUUGAUGUACUAUACAAGCCAUUGAUGACACAUGCCUGCUCGUCAGGAAAUCAGCCUGCUAAAUGUUAGGAAUAGCUGUUAAAUGUGCGGUGCACAGGCUCAGGAACUGCCCUAUAGGCUUUUGUGCACAGUAGGGGGCCUACUUUAUAAAAUCAGUGCCCUUUUUUAAAGCUGGGUGCUGAAUACUGUAUUGCACAAAGCUGUCUAUUCAUCAUACAUCACAGGAAGAGGGCUUUCUGUUUUUCCCCUCUCUGACUAAAAGCGUCCAAAUGAUGCAUGCUUUUAAGCUGCAUUCUGUAUUUACCAGGAUUCAUCAGUGCCAGUGCAAAAAGCCAAUAAACACUUCAAGUGCCUGACUAUACCAAAUUUGUAUGAACAUUUUAAACAAGUUUAAAAAAAAAAAAGAGAGAAAAUAGUAUGUACUGUGUUAAAAUGUGCCAGUGUUCUGUAAAGAUUUCAAGGCCAGCUCCGUGUGAGUAUAUGUGUGUGUAUGUCCAGGUGUGUGUUGUCGAUGCAUUCGCUUAAUUUGUCAUUAAAAGAGUAAUUUGCCAUGAUCAUGUCCCUAGCAGUGAAGUGUGUAACCUCUCAGAAAGCAUGUUUAAUUUGACGCCUUCAUAGAUGAACAGAGGAAUUAGGAAAGAAAUUGCCCUUUUUGUUUUGUUCCACCUGUGUGACAAUACAGUCUGAUAGUUUGUAGUUUGCAUAUACACCAUCAUUUUCUGAAGAAUUUAUUUUGUUCUACAAAGAAAAAAAUGCAUUCAAUAAAAUACAUAAUGAAACUGGUACAA